AUGCUGCUGCCCCUCAAGAUCCUCCUUGUCACCCUCGCAGAGAAUGCAGCCACCUGGGCUACAAGUGGCAGAGGCAAUGAGGAGACAGGGCUAGUGUCCUGCGUUGCAGAUAUUGAAGAUGCAGCUAACUACCCCCGAUUCAUAGAGCAGGCUGACCUCACACUCCAGGAUGGAGCUGCCCAUACAGGGCUUGGGUACCAGCUAAAGUCCUGGGACAGGACAGUAGGCACGGAGCUGGCCUGGUCGCCAGUCCAUAGCGGAGGGGACAAGUGCACAGCGGACCAAACGGAGCGCUCGGGCCUGGGGCUCUGGAGCCCAAGACGGGGACACCGCCGCCGCCGCCAGCUCCGUGGCUUACAGAUGCCCACCCUCCAACUCCGAACGCCGCUGGCUUCUCAGCGUUUCCGGACACGCAGCUUCCUUCCACGGCCACCAGCGCCAUCCACCAGGCGGAGCCCACAAGGGGCGGGCCUGACGUGCUGUCCAAUAGUCUUCCCGCGCGGAGACCGUCCAGCCAAUCAGACACGCCUACCGUGCUCCGGGGGCGGGGCCUCCACAGCCUGGCGGAAGUCUCUCCUGAGCCAGGGUUUUUCGGGAGUCGUGGGAGGCGUUUCUACGUUGUCUUUUUUGUCCCGGGUCUGUGGAGAUCGAGUCCCGGUCCCCGUGUUCUUGCGCCUCGGGGUGUGCGGAGACCCACGAAGACGCCAGAUGCCCUGGCAGCGGGAAAUGGGGUCCCUGUCAUUUGAGGACGUGUCUGUGGACUUCACUUGGGAGGAGUGGCAGGAGCUGGAUGCUGCCCAGAGGACCCUCUACAGGGAUGUGAUGCUGGAGAACUACAGCAGCCUGCUGUUCUUGGGACACCGCAUGGCCAAGUCUGAGUUGCUUGUCAAGUUGGAGCAUGGAUUUGGGCCAUGGAGUAUAAAGGAAUCCUCAGUGUGGAGCCUCCCAGAUGUUCCUAAAGUUGCUGACCCAGUUGACACCAUCCAGAAUAAUCAGAAGAGCCAUUUGUGUCAAGGUGGACUCACCAACAGAAAGACAUUAAAUGAGGAAAUGUUUGAAACUGAACUAAACUUGCACCAGAAAAUCAACAGGGAAUCAAAAUGGAAUAGAGGUAAAGCAUGUUUGAAGGUGUGUUGCCAGGAGUCACAACACACAAAAGACAUGAUGUCUCAUAAUUGCAAAAAAUCUUCAUAUUACACUUGUAUUCACACCAAAUGUCAGACUCUUCAUAUAAGGGAGAAUAAUGAUUAUGACUGUGAAGAAUGCAGAAAAAUGUUCUUGAAAUCAGACUCCACAGUUCCUACAACUUACACAACAGAGAAGCCCUGUGCAUGCAUGGAAUGUGGGAAGGAAUUCACUCAGAAGGAUGUGCUCAGUCAUCAUCAGAGAGUUCAUACAGGUGAAAAGCCCUUUGAAUGUGCAAAAUGUGAGAAAGCUUUCUACAUGAAGUCAGAACUCACUAAACAUCAGAGAACCCAUCCAGGUGAGAAGCUCUACGAAUGUGAAGACUGUGGCAAAGCUUUCACUAGGAAGUCAAAUCUUACUAUUCAUGAGAGAAGUCAUACAGAUAAGAAGCCUUAUGAAUGUGCAGACUGUGGGAAAGGUUUCACUACAAAGUAUUACCUCAAUAAUCAUCAGAGAAGGCACAUGGGUGUGAAACCCUAUAAAUGUACAGAUUGUGGGAAAGAUUUCACUGCAAAAUGGUACCUCUUUCAUCAUCAGAAAACACAUACAGGUGAGAAGCCCUAUAAAUGUAAAGACUGUGGGAAAGGUUUCACUACAAAGUGGUACCUCAGUAAUCAUGAGAGAACACAUACAGGUGAAAAGCCUUAUAAAUGUACAGAUUGUGGGAAAGAUUUCACUGCAAAGUGGUACCUCUUUCAUCAUCAGAAAACACAUACAGGUAAAAAGCCCUAUAAAUGUUCAGACUGUGGGAAAGGUUUUACUACAAAGUCAUACCUCAAUAAUCAUGAGAGAACCCAUACAGGUGAAAAGCCUUAUAAAUGUACAGAUUGUGGGAAAAGUUUCACUACAAAGUCUUACCUUAAUCAUCAUCAGAAAACACAUACAAUUGAGAAGCCCCAUAAAUGUACAGAUUGUGGGAAAGGUUUCACUUUAAAGUGGUAUCUCAAUCUUCAUCAGAGAAGGCAUGCAGGUGAGAAGCCUUAUAAAUGUGUUGAUUGUGGGAAAGAUUUCACUACAAAAUGGUACCUCUUUGAUCAUGAGAAAACACAUAAAGGUGAGAAAUCCUAUAAAUGUACAGAUUGUGGGAGAGGUUUCACUGUCCACAGGUACCUGACUUAUCAUCAGAAAAAAUGUAGGAAAGCUUUUAGAAGGUAACCUUACUAUUCAUGAGAGAGCUUACUAGACAUGGAAAAGGUUUCUAUGACAAUUCAGUUCUUGGUCAUUAACAGAACUUAUGACUGAGAAGCCCCAUGAAUGCAUACAGUAUGAGAAGCCUUUCCCUUACAAGGUUUUACCUCACUGUAAGAAAAAUUCACAUAUGUAUGAAGACUUAUGUGCAAAAUUUUGAGUAGCAAUGCAUAUCUCACCAUGAUCUGUAUAUUGCACAUUUUUGCCUAUAUGUAACCUAUAAUCAUUAGGAAUUGGUGUAACUUGCAGAAAAUUUAAAGGGUCUCAUUGGAUAAGACUGCUUCAUUGUGACCAGUGUAAUAAAUUUCCUAAUUAUGUAUUUUUGGAUAGUGCCUGUUUAGUCUUUGAGUACAUAUUGUAGUUCAGGUUUUUCUCAAAUUCAUGAUGUUCCUUCAACUUCCCUAUUGGUUUUACUAAAGGUAUAUGCCACUGUUCCCAGCACUAAAUUAUUUACUUGAGUAAAACAGCUGUUGAACCACUUCCACAGCACCCCAUAUCUGACAAGCACACUUGCUGUGCUUACGCAAGACCUGUUUGGAUUCCAAGCUGUGGUUUGCUGUCCAAGCCUGUAACCCUGAUGCUGUGAAGUGUGGGUAGACACAGGAGGAUUUCACCCAGGCCAGCUUUGAAACAGCUAUUUGUACAUCAAGCCUGAGACAGCCUCAACGAAAUAACUGUGAACAAAAUGGUAAUGGAUGAAACCCAACAUGCUCCUCAGAUCUUCCCAUGCUCAUGAUCUUAUCACCAGGCUUCUCAUUUACCAAGUGUGUUGUCAAGUGUCUGUGGCAAGUGUUUGCAGGUUCUUGACUCUCAUUUGGAGAAUUGCAAAAGUGCACACAAGUAGUGAAGCAGCUGGAAGUUCUGUUAAAACACAAUACAGAACACACUGCCUGGAGUAGUAGGCUGCUUGAGCGAGAGUGUCCAAGCACAUGCGGUAUUACUUGAGGCUUCUUCAGGGGGAGUGGGGGGCGGGUUGUUGUUUUUUAAACUACUUCAAGCUGCAUCAGCUUCCUGCCUGUACUUUCAUGAAAUUUUCUGGGAUACAUUUGAAUGGAAACUGACCACAAAAAGGGAGUUACCAAGAGAUAAUCAGACUCACUGGCAUUUUUGCAGUGGUGUGUAUAUGUGGCUUGAAGCAGAUUAGGGGUCCAGUUUUGUUUGUUUGAAAUAAGAGUCAUAAACUGGCUGUGGUACACAUGCCUUUAAUCCCAGCAUUUGGGAGGCAGAGGUAGAAUCACUGUAAAUUCAAGGCCACUCUUUUACUGCAUAGUGAAUUCCUGGUCAGCCUGGAUUAGAGAGAACCCUAUCUGGGGGUGGGGGCGCUGUAAAUAGCAUCCAUGGAAAUCUUAAACUAAAAAUAAGUUCACUUACAAAAGUGUACAUUCAAUACUAAUAUAUAAUGCAAUAAGCUGAUUUCAUUUGAUGUGCAUAUUUUUUGACAAAUCUUUUUUUAUAAAUAAAAUAUUUUACUUUGGUUUA